CAAGAGACGCCGAGCCAAGAAGCGUCGUACAGCGAGGAGGAUCAACACCUCGCCAUCGUGAUCCAGCACACCCAGCACCAGCAGCACACCCAGUACCAGUACCACCACCAGCGGUUACCAACUUACAUACCCACGGCCUACGACAUCGAGCUCGAGCUGGCCCAGCAGCAGUUGCUUCUGCGACAGCACGAGGAGCGCCAUCGUCAACUCCACCAGUCGUACAUAUACGAGCUGCAGGACCGGCUGGCCAUGCUGCAGUUCAACGGGCUCGACUCCCGGCCCCGUCACCCGCCCCUCGCCAUACCGAUCGCGGACGACAACUCCGCCCUGCAACAUCGGCUCCAGUACAACCGGCAGCCACCGCCGCUCUUUUUCAUGCGCUACAUGCAGAGCGACGACAAUUACAACAACACGGACUACAGUCUGCCACCGCCGCCUGCCUUUCGUUACGACAGCCCAAGCAGCUACUCGAGAUCGUUGAGUUAUACAGACGCCAGCUACGAUUCCAUGAACUCGAGCAACAACACGAACAACAACAACAAUGAGGCUGGCUCGUUGAUAAGCAGCGUCUUCGAUGAGAACGAUUACGACGAUGUGGACGAUGACGAGAUACCCAAGAAAGGCCUGUUGAAGCAGAUGUUCUGUCUUCCGUUGAAUUAGACUAUGAUCCAUGCAACAAUACCCACAUGCUAGAGGAACGCAUGAGUCAGUUGCCGAGUGAUGUGCCGUUGUUUUUUCUUUUAUUGGUGAUGAGCACCGGCUGGAAUAUGUGGAUUGGUGCUGUCUCAAAAGGCUUUUUGUACGCUUUGAUAUACCACACGUGUCUGGAAAAUGUCAAAACAGAAUAGUAAAAAAGCCAAAAAAACAAGUCCACGAGGUUGGGGUAAUUUUUACAAUCUUGAAAUGAAUUUGCAUUCUUAAUGAUUAUUACAAUGAGGAUUGGUUGUUGCAACCGAUUUCAAUGAGAUUUCUUUUCUUUUUUUUUCCGUACUUUUCCUUGCAUCUGAAGUAUUCAGCACUAAAACUUAAUAUAAUCAAUAGCGACACAACAUUUAAGUAUAGAAGAGCUUUAAAAGUGUAAAGCAAGUAAUUUAUAAAUAAUUUGAAAAAAAAAAACUGUUUUUUUCUGUGGAUUGAGACUGUUUGCGUUAACUCGAAGAGAAUUCCUUGAAAACGGCAUUUUAUGUGCCAUUGAAAGUAGGUAGUUAGUUGAAGAAUGGAAACUGAUAUUGAACCGUGAUACGUCUGAGAUGAUGAGACACGUGGAAAUGCGGGAGAAAUUCACGUAUAGAUUUACAUUGAUAGAUGGAAUACAAUCACAUACUUAAGGCAGGAUUUAUAUUUUUCGAUUAUAGCAGUGGUUGAAUCUAUAACUUAAUAUAAUUGAAUAAUGAAGCUGCAUAGGGUCAAAUUUUUACAAGAAAGACUUUUAUCUUUAGGCGGAACGUGAGAUCUCAAUAGAUAAGGGCUUCGGGCUUUUGAGCAUUACACAAUUUUGAAAAGUUUUUCAAUGAAUUUUUUUUAAUUUUGUAAAUACGAGAGAAAUAAGCUCGAAAGUUCAAAAGCACCAUCUGAGGAUCUCGCGUCAAAUUGGAAUAGAUUUUUUUUAGGUAUUAUUUUUUUUGAAUUUACCAAGUAUAGAUAAUUUUUUGUAAUCAUCAACAAACAAUUAUUGUAAUUUUGAGGAAACAAAUACCUUGUUUUUCCAU